AUGCUCUCGCUGCUACUGCCAGCGGUCGCCUCUACAAAUGUGAGUCUCGCGAUCCUCAUCCGCCACUCGGCCGCACGCUCCACAUCCCAUGAGACCUGCGCUGGCGAGUGGAUCAGUGGCGCGUGCUGGAUGACAGACACGAUGCAGACUGUUGUGGCGGCCUCCUUGACUGCAGUGACGGACUUCAACGCGAGAAACGCAAGCGCUCUGCCCGCGUUUGGAACGUUGGCCGGGUGCGACAAACAGCUCCGCUUUCGGCUACUCGACAGCGGCGGCACGGUUGCCAAGUCAGUCCGCGCGCUGGGGGACCUGACCUCGGGUACCGAUGUGGUCAUCGGCCCCGGCCGCAGCUCCGUCUCAACCACCACGGCGGCUAUCACCGGCGCCCUCGACAUCCCGCAGAUCUCAUACUGGUCGACUUCGACCGAUCUUGACGACAUCGCCCUGUACCCUCGCUUCAUGAGGACGAUUCCCACGGACCAGGCGGCCGCGUCGAGCGUCUGCUCCUUUUGGAAGCGUCAACUCGGACUCUCGACCGUGGCCGUUCUCUACGUCCAAGACCCGUUUGGCCGAGCCUACGAGGAAGCUACGAAGCUCGCUUGCCUGGCUCUCGGCUUGACGUUCGCGAGCGAAGGUUUCUCCGAAGAUGAAUCGCUCCGCGAGAAAUCGAUUAGGGACGCCGUGGAAAGCCUGAGCGACAGCGGCGCCAAGGCACUGCUAGUCCUGGGCUUCCCCAGCAGCCUCGGCCUUAUUGUGGACUCUGCGCUGGCCACCGGCCUGCUCACUGCUGGCACCUCCUGGGUCUUCGCAGACAGUGUCGUGUCGGUAGACUUUGACGAGUUGAGCGAAGCAGCGCAGGACGCGCUGCACGGCAGCCUGCAGAUCAAGGCAGUCGGCGCGACCGACGGCGAUCCGCAGUGGACCAGGUUCGCAAGCGAGCGCUGGGCGGCGCUACAGCCCGGAGACUUCAACCCGCACCUUCCCGCCGACUGGCAGAUCCGCGAUGACUUCUUUACCGCUGUCGAUCCACACACGAGUGCUAUCUUGCGCGAGCCCGGUGCGUUUGCGUACGAUGCCGUCGUGACGGCGGGGCUGCUGUCGUGCCAGGUGGCUCCAGCAGGCCCGCUGCCAGACUCGUUUGGCACGCAGUUCUGGAAUUCGAAGCGGAGCCUGUCGUUUGAUGGCCUUUCAGGACGUGUUGAGUUCGACGAGAAGGGCGACAGGAGCAGCGCCAACGUGCAGCUGUUCAACCUGCUCGGCCAAGGCGCGACCGCCUUCUCAGCUCAGCUCGUAGCUCAAUUCACCGAAGACGAGUGGGUCUGGAAGGGCGGAUCGCGCGAGCACAGCGGCGUGAUCUACAACUUUGGGGAGCUCGAACCGCCUGUUGAAGCAUUGCCUCCGACGCAGGACGAGGUCCCCCCCUAUCUCAUAGGGAUCGUCUGCGCCUUAGCGGGGUGCGUCGCUCUGAUGCUGUGCUUGCGUUGCCAAAGCGUCGGCUGGCUUGUACCACCGCUAUCGCGCAUCGCCGCGUCGCACGGCACGAGCCCGUGGACGCUGCUCCGCAGGCGGAUCGCUCGGAGCGCUCCCGUUCGCGCCUGCGCCGACCGCGCACGAGCGGUGCGGCGGGCGUGCAGCAGGGCUCGGACGACGCCAUUCUUGCGCCCUAUCGCCACGCCUCAGGCCGUGUGGGAGCGGCUGUGCCGGAGGGCCAACAAGGAGCCGACCGAGGGCCCUCCCGACGUCGAGCGGCGCCCGUUUGUGGAGCAGCGCCUGUGGGCCUCGGUGCUGGAGCAGAAGCUGUGGGGCUCGGCCGCGCGCGAGGCAGCACAGCUUCGCGAGUGGCUCCACGCGACGCGAAAUACGACGCCCUUCAUCGAGGCGCUAGCCUCGAGGUCCGCGGCUUGCACGCAUCGCCACGGCGGCUGCGGUGAAGGCCGCCAGACCGACUCUUCAGCUCACGCGGAUCUCGAGGCGGGCCCGAGACUGACGAGGACAACCUCGUUUGGCACCGUGCCUAUCGACGAGCGCGCCAACGCGUCGCUGAGCUUGGGAGACCUACUUCGCUUCUGUCUCAACGAGCAGGGCGCGGGGGGGCGUACUCUGUGGGAGGAGUGGACGGUUGCUCUCCGCGCCCUUCGGUCAAAGAAGAAGCUUCAGGUGGAGUCGUCGACGCACCGCGACUCGUCAAAGCACCGCGACUCUGCCUCGAGGCAGGCGCCGAGAAGUGGGUCGACCAGUGCGCUCGAGUCGGAGCCGAUCUCGGUGCACGAGUUCGCCGCGCUGCUGCUCUCGCCGUCCAACAGCGCCAUCGAGCCUAGGCGCUCCCCGACGGACGCGACUGAGCCGCUCACCAGCUAUUGGAUCAGUAGCUCUCACAACAGCUUCCUCGAGGGGGACCAGCUCACCUCCGCCGUGUCUGCCGACAUGUACCGCCGCCUCCUGCUCUCGGGGACUCGCUGCCUCGAGAUCGACUGCUGGGACCCCACCACCUUUGGGCGGUGGUGGGGCCAGGGCCCGCGCGUCACUCACCGCAUGCCGGGAGGGGUCCCUCUCCUCUGCGGAAGCGUCGCCUUCGGCGAGGUGGUCGCCGCAAUCGCCGAGCACGCCUUUACCAGCAGCCCUCUGCCCGUGAUUCUGAGCCUCGAGAUGCACUGCUCGGCGAAGCAACAGAGGAAGCUCGCCAAGGAGCUCAUCAACACGCUGGGCGACCAGCUCUCCCGCAGCGAGCGCGUCGCGAGCACGCCCCUCCGGGAGCUGCACCGGAAGGUCCUCGUCAAGAUGCGGCUGAGGGUCCUCGUCAAGAUGCGGCUCGACAACGGAGUGACCACGGACCCGCUCCUCCGCACCCUCGUCACGCUGCCCACGAGGUCCAUCGGCCAGGCGCCGGCGCCCAAGGAGGUCGACAACGGACUCGACGACGGCUGCAGGCUUCGCGAAGCGGUGUGCAGGCGGCUCGGCCGCGAGGCGAGCUGGAAGGAGCUCAGCGGCCGCUCCACCGGGAGGAGCCGCUACCAGAUCGCAGACGAGUGGCGCCUGGCCGGCCGGUGCGUUUGGGGCUGGCUCCGCGGCGUCACUCUCGUGCCUCCCAAGGGCGAGAGCAACAGCGAGGCGACGCUAAUAUCUGAGUCGCCCUUCGGGUCUCCGAGCUCUCCCGUCUGGCAGAGUGGCUCAUGGCCAGCGGAGGAGCCAGCGAGCGAGCUCUCGGUCGCCGAGGCAGCGUGGCGCGCGGGUGUCCAGAUGGUGGCUCUCAACCUGCAGACGAACGACGCUCCGGUGCUCUCCCUGCACCAGCUUCCGACGCGGGACGAGUGCCGGCCCCUCCUCACCGAACCCCACCACGCCUUCGUCUCGCACCUCAGUGACAGCCCCCGCCCGCCCAGUGGGUCGAGCGCGAGCGUCUCGAGCCCGCGCGUCGCCGUCGAGCUGCACGCUAUUGGAGGCUUCUGCGCGGUCGCACGCGAGCCGCAGCCGCCGCCCGAGGCGCAGGGCGUGACCCGGCUCACCACCGCGGUCGCGGAGGGCAACGGCCUCAACCCGUCCGUCGACGAGACCUUCCACUGCCUCGCGGCCGAGCCUCACCAGACCAUCCUUCGGGUGGUGGUGGAGGACGAGGGGCGGCUGGUGGCGUACGAGACGGUGAUGCUCGGCUCCCUCCGCUGCGGCUACCGCUGCCUGCACCUGCGCUCGCCGAGCGGCACGCGGAUAGACUCGUGCUGCCUCCUGCUCCACAUCUCCGUCUCCACCGAGCCAAACACCUACGGCACUGUCGACGAGUUGCGCUCCAUGAUGCAGCUGCAGCGCUCGCUCAUCAGCCAGCAGAGCCGCGACAUCCACCAGCUGUCUGCAGAGCUCUCGCGGCUCGGAAGUCAGCCCUCGACGCCGAUCGCCUCCGCCCCCGCGGCGGGACCCCACGCCGCUCGCUGGCCGUUGGAGCUAGCGCUGGAUUCGGGGGUCAACGGGGCUCGCACAGGUCGGCCGUCGCCGAUCGCGCUGCCUCCCGGCGCCACGCUGACGGUCGGUCGCCACCUGUCGAGCGGCGUGGCCUUGUUUCCGCACAAGGUGAAGCACAUCUCGCGCCAGCACGCCGUGCUCCACGUCGCUGCAGACGGCCGCACCGUCCGGCUCGAAGACGUCUCGCGCAAGAACGGAUGCCGCGUGCAGCAGCCGGGUGGCGAGCCGGUCGUCCUGCAGUCUACGGCCGAGGAGGUGGCGAGCGCUCAGCUACGCGAGGGCAGCGUGCUCACCUUUGGGCAGCCCAGCGAGGACGAGCAUGAAUUUCGCUACGUCAUUCGCGCCGCUGGUACCGAGGACUCGCCAGCCUCUUCCUCCGAGCUCUCGUGGCGUGAAACGCCGCCUGCGAUCGAGAUCGCCCAUUUCAAGUCGAACCCGCUCGCUUACUCCGCGUCUAGCCGGCACUCCCGGCACUCCCCGCUGCCCUCAGCGCCGAGAGACACUGCCAUCCCCAGUUGGUCGUUAUCCCCCUCCAACUCGAAGCCGUCCCAGCACGUUCGCUCUGCGCGCAACUGGCAGUCGCCGUUGUCGUCAGCGUCGGGCACACAGCGCGGGUCCGAGGCGCACGAACCGCGCCGGUCGGCGGCGGCAGCGGCUGCACCGAAGGCCGCUCUCGGGUGGACGGAGCGGUUGCCCGCCCCAAAGGAUAGCGGUGGCGACAGCGGCGACAGCGAGAACGAUUCCGCGCCCUCGCCGCCGCCACCGUGGUCGCUACCGCCGCCUUCUCUUCCGGCCUGCUCGCCGUUGCCCUCGGUGCCGCCCCAGCUCCGGACUAGGCCGCCGGCGAUGCUCACCUUCUACGCCAGCGUCGGCGUCUGCCCCGCUUCGGAGCCGCAGAAGCGCCGCAUCAUGCACACCAAGCCACUGCACCGCCACCGGAAGGUGGUGGGCCACUCGCCAUGA